AUGCGCUGUCGGAUGAGAUAUCGCACAGGAUGGACAGUGUUUUUACUUGUUUGUUCGUUGAUCGGGGUAUUUCUAACCUACAGACAAAUCAGUAAUUCUAAACGUAAUGGAUCAUCAUUUUACAAAAAAUCAAAUCCAAAAUUCUAUAAACCUCAAGAUGCAUUUUUGAAAGAGUUUCACCAAGAUUAUGAUAAUCAUUAUCAUAGCAAUCAAAAUUCUGACAGAGAUUCUGUAAACGUUGAACAACAGGUACGUCCAGACUUCAGUGGUCAAAAUUUCCAAGGUGGAUCAUUUGGUAGAAGCAGAUUGGUUGCCAGAGAACCAGCUGACAUUAUGAGUAACAAGGAUGCAGUCAACAGUGGUAACACACCAUCUAUUGACAGGACACUGAAGUCAGAGUUUCUGAGUGUACUGAAAGAUUUGAAUCCUUCUGAUUUGGGGAAGGCUCCGGACGCAAUAGAAAUGGCUCUUAAAGUUAAGACAUUCCUCUUGGACUUGGACAUAUAUAGCAAAAUGACUUGUAAAGAUAUUGAUUAUCUUCGAGUGUCACGUUCAGUAAAGAUUACCCGUCGUAAAUUUGUCGAUCAGGCUUUCAUUGACAAAAGGGGGUCCGAAGUCAUCAUAAAAAGUCAGGCAGUGGAUUUGGACAGUAAGAUCAAAUGUAUGCAGUCAAGAUAUGAUGCGGACAAAUGCCAGGUGAUGGGAAACUACAAUUUAUUACGAGAGAUAGUAUUCUUGACGUUACUGAAACAUCCCAUCAUCAUUAAGCUUCAAGGUUACUGUAUCAGGGGUGAUAGCAUCAACUACAACAUCAGAAAGAAAGGUGUUAUUCUAGUCACUGAGCCAGGCAUGUCUGUGAAUAUUGGAAACCUAGCAUCAUACAGCUGGAGGUCCAAAAUCCUGUAUGCCAUACAGUUGACAGAUCUGCUGAAGUACCUGGAAAACAGCCCUCUUGGGAGUCUUUGUAUAGGGUCUGUCAAAGCUUCUGACUUUGUAUUGGUGGAUCAGUGGAUUAAGCUGGUGGAUUUGGAUGAAUUGUCUUUUGAGGAAAAAAAGUGCCAGGUGGAAUCAGACUGUAAAAUCAGUGGAGUAAGCAUGUACAAAAUUCCUUGUGAGAAUGGACGCUGUGUUGGUAGGAAUGUUAAGCAGAACCUCAGAACUUUGGGUGUUGAAUUGUUGGAAAAGCUGCUGGUCAAUCCACCUCCCUCUGAAAGUGAUAAAGUAUCUCAAUUGAAGCAAAAGAUCUUGACUCUGGAAAUCACAACAUCACAGUUGAUGGAAGAGCUUGAUCAGCUUAGAUCAACAGCAGAAAAAUUGGAUUCAUCACAAUGGAAACCCGUUGUAAAACCGAAAGUUCCUAUCCAGCCAGUAGUUAACCAACAGGAAAUGGAGAAACGCAGAAGAGAGGAAGAGAUCAUGGCUAAUAAGAUUUUGCCUAACUUUGGCAAGCCCGACGUGCAGCAUGACUAUGUGCGAAUAGCUGAAUCCAAUUUUCCUGGAAUGAAUGACUACACAUGUGCAGCAUCCCGUGUGGCCUGGGGAUGUGUGAUCACGGUGCAUAGCCUCACACAGGCCAAGGCGACCUGUGACUCUGAUCCUGUUUGUAAAGCUUUUGUUGUGUUUACCUCCAACCCAGAUAUUGCAACUUUGAUGACAAUGGUAGCAAAGAAUUCAGGCACUACAAAACCGGAACGAAACGCCGGAGCAACACUUUUCAUCAAAUCAUCUGAGACUGUAGGAAGAGGUCAGGUUGGAGGAAAAGCUGCACCAGUGUUUGUUACACCUGCUCCCGAGGUCAAACCCUCUAAAGAAACACCACUAGAAUGUCUAAAACACACAUUAAAUUUUACUAAUGAUGCCCGGGUUGCCCGUGAGAGGCGACUAAUGGCACACCUGGGGCUCAAAGGUUUUAGUGAUGGCGAUUGGGAGGCUAAGAUGCUCACUCAGAAAAUUGUAAAAGCACACAACAUGAAGACCGGCAAGACUGGGUCAAAUAUUGGAGGCAAGAUGCAGGUAGACCUACAGGGGCUGCAGACAGAGAAACAAUUCCUUCGUGGCAUCUUCCUUGCCGAGUCAGGACCAUAUCAGUACCAUAUUGCUCACAUGGCGGCCUUUAGACUGGACCGCAUACUUGGACUGUAUCAUACUCCGCCUUCCAUGCUAUGGUCUCUAUCCAAGGCUGACCUGGAAUUUGUGAAGGGAGAUAGUGGAUGGAAAAACAUCCUGAAUACACAAAAAUCUGAAUUUGGAUCACUUACAGGUUUGCUCACUGCCUCUGUACCUCGUGUGGUGAAGAAUGAGUCUGUUUAUAUCAACAAACUGGACGGAAUGACUGCAAACAUUGUGCCCUUCUCUCGCAUGGAAAAGAUGCAAUUGGAAUAUGUGCUGUUGUGGUAUCUUACGAAGACUCUUCACUCCAAAAACCUCCAUCUUGGUUACAAAGGUCACCUGAUCAACUUUGAGGCUGACCAAGCUUUCCAGGACACUAGUCUGGACCUACUAGGAUACUUUCAUCACUGUCAGUUCCCUAAUGUGGUGUACAAGGCCAUGUACUGCUUCAAAUGUCCAGCCAAGUCUGGACAGUCAUUACACUCAAUAUGUUCUCUAGGCAUGGAGGUGGUUGAUCAGGUGUUGGAUGCAGGUUACGAGAGACCUGAUAUAUACGUCAAUCACCUGAACUCGGAGGAAAUAGCCUCUCAGAUUAAUGUUGCUGCUGGAAAUGUUCUCAAACUUGUUGACAUGUGUAUUAAGGCUUUUGGAAGGGAAAAGGUGCUUUAUUGA